AAGUAUUAGCCCUGGAAAGAAAGCAGCUUAAUUGUCAUCAUCAUCAAAACAACGAGUGAAUACGGUCGCGCAAGUGUUUAAGCUGUAUUUCGAAGAUUUAUAUCAGCGCAUGGGUCGGUGUCAUUGGAGGUAGCCGGGCUUUGCGCCUGGGUUGUGAAGGAUACAGGAAAUUAUUAGAGGCAAUUACAACCAAGACGUCGACAUCAUGGCGCAACCACAGCAACAGCAGCCGCCAUAUCCUAUGCCACAGAGGCCAUUCUCUCCUCCCCAGCCAGUUAAUUCACCUUCGACGCAAAAUCAACAACAAUUCGCGUUUCCGCCACACAAGCGACAAAGGAUGUCUCCCAACCCGCCCUCUCAACCAGGUUCGCCAUAUGUCACAUCACCGUAUGCGAUGAGUCCAGGUGCUUCUGGUCAGAGUUCAGCCUCACCUUCGCCGCACUUUUCGACGGUGCAAAUUCCUCAAGGUGCUUACACCACACCAUAUUCAAAUGGAUCAAAUGCGCAACCGUCUCCUUCAUUAAAUCUACCGCAAACUCCGGGUGCCGUUCCACCUCAUGCGCAACCAAGCCCUUUGAGCUUCCCCGGUCAAGUCCAGCAGCAUCAUCAAGGAAAUAUACAGGCAGCUCAUUUCAAUAAUUUUAAUCUGCAGAUGCCACAGCAGCAUCAUCCUGGUGGAGUUAUGGGCCCACCCUCGAGGCCGGUUGAUAAAAAUAAGCUUGAUGGGUUAGAUCCGUUGGACGUAUUGGGAGGAACUGGUAUCGAUCUUGCAGAGGAGGAACAAUACACAUUUCAGCAGUACUCAACAUCGUUUAAUGCUCAGGGCUCAAGGUCACAUCCAGGUAAUAUUUCGGCGGGUCACAGCUUUACACAAUUUCUACCUGGGAAUCAUGGAUCCUUUUAUGGCGCUGGUCCCGCUAAUCAACCUGGUGAAGUCCCAAAUGCUAAGUCACAAGAGGAUUUUGAGAAAAAGGCCGCGGAUAAAGCCUGGCAUGAUGCAGCUCGUGAUUUAGCAGUAUCGAGGCAAAGAGAGUUGAAUAAUCCAUUCUUGAACGUUGGCAACGUUCAUAAGAGAAUGGAGAAGAUUGCGCAUGACAAUGGUCUUGGUUUGAACACGGAUGCCAAUGGGAAAAUGGGAACCAUGAAAUUACCUGAACAUUUUCCGGAACCAAAUGUCAAAGUACAAACUGCGGUGGGACCAGAUGGAGCCAUCACUGCAACGACUGGUUUCUUCGUUCCGUCCGAUUCUUUACUAGUUGAUCAGCUUGCGCUUAUGUCUAUCUCUACCAAGCAUCGUCUUCGUGGAUUAUUGGAGGACGCACUCAAGUUAGCCGUAGGCCGACAAACAAGUUCUCAUGCUCAAAUUAGGGAUGAAUGGGCAGAUGUUGCUGUACAGGCCAUCAAACCUAGUGUUUCUACCAUUGCCAAUGAAGGUGGUCCACGGAUUGGAUGGGAGAGUUCUGUCAGCCCUCUCACCAACCCACUUAAACGUAUGUAUCAAAUUUUAGUUAUUUCGAUUUUGAGCUAACAGAGCCAAGGCCCUCUCUCGGCUGCAGGUAGAUUACCUACUCCAUUAUCAGAUAGCGCGAAGACUCAGACAAAGUCUUUUGCGAAUGAUGUUGCAUUAACUCUUCGAAAAGCUGCCAGUAAAGAGCAAGAAGCUGAAGAGGCGAGGCUACGAAAACGUAAGGGUCGUGAGUCUGGUGAGGGAUCUCGUGCUGGGUCAAUAAAUACAGGCACACCAGGUUCUAUGGCUCCGGAUAUCCUUGAUAAACCACCUACCAAGAAAGAAAUGAAGAAGAAAGCAGAGGCAAAAACUAGUGAGGCAGCAAGCCACGCAGCAGCUAACGUAACCACUACACAAUUCUUGGGUGGUAGAAAUGUGUUUGGAAAGAAGAAACAAUAUAGCUGGAUGACGGCGGCUGGGGGAUCUGGGAGUGGUACAAGUACACCAGGUAAAAUCAUGACACAAGGUCUUGGCGCCUCUGUUGGUAGCCCAACUGCGAACCCUGGGCCGGAAAAACUCACGACAGAUGGUGCGCGAAGGUUAGGAGCCUGGCGAGAAGAUGGUGUCAAGGGACGUAAUAUCCAGCUCCGAGACUGGAUUAUGGUUCUUGAGGAUGAUGGUAGGGAGAAAAGGGCAUUACAGAGGGCAUAUGCUCAUGUUGAUGAUGAACGAAAUGCCUAAGUAAGGAGAUUUUAUUUCAUGGAUAGGACAAUUGCAGAAUAAUAUUUGCAUGGCGUUGCAUGGAUCACCAGGCGUUCUUUUGUGACUCGUCCUAGGAAAGGAUGGGGACACGCAAUUUUUUUUUUUUCAAUCUCAUUGGGAUUCUAUGAAAUGGAUCACUACAUACAAUAUGGUUGUGGUGGUGAAAAUUUGCAUAUUUCGUCUCACCGUUGGGUCGGGUUUGAUUUAUGAAUUCAAACAUUUUUUGAUUCGAGAUUUGAUAUGAUAUGAUAUGCUAUUUGAUGCAUUAAGUGGGUAGCAUCUAUCUAGGUAGCAAUAAC